CAAGAUCCGUUCGCUAUCUUAUGCACUCAAUAUCCAUUUUUGGGGUACAGAUCAAUAUUUUUAUGGAUAAAAAUCCAAGUCGAAGAUCACUAAAUUUUUCAAAAUGGCUAAAUAAUUGUAAAGCGCAUGCGUCGCAAUGUAUUCAUGGGGCACGCGCACUUUGUACUUCCUCUUUACUUCCGCCUAGUAGUGGCCUCGUACUUCUACCUGCUUAUCCAAUACAGAUAAUUGAAAUGAAUGUGGAUCACGAAAUAGACUUGCUUAAGACUGAGAUCAGGGAAAGACUUGGAGAAAAAAGAGAUGAUGGAUCAUAUGUGCUGACAUUUGGGACACUGUUCAGUGAUGACCGCUGUGCCAACAUUUUUGAAGCCCUGGUAGGAACCCUGAAAGCAGCAAAAAAGAGGAAGAUUAUUAAAUACGAUGGAGAACUGCUGUUGCAGGGCGUGCAUGAUAAAGUGGAGAUCAUCCUACUUCCAGAAUAGUACUCGGACAUUCCAUAGAAUUUUGCACGUGGUAUUAUGCAACAUAAUAGGAGUUUUUAAAUAUUGUUAUUUAUUAGAUUUUGUAUUGGAGCAAGCAAAAACUGCUGUACAUUGGAGGCAAAAUGUGUUCAGGGUUGUUGGCUGUUUAGGAGCUAAGUUGGACUUGCAUUAAAAGACAUUAAUAGGAGUGCUUUUGUUGUAACUAUGGUCUGAUGGGGGAUUAGGCAAGAAAAAGAAAUGUUAGCAUGUUUAGCUGCUGUAAUAUAUACAAAAGUAUUAAUUUAUGGACCACGCAAUCAGGGACAAAAUUUCUCCUUUACAAUGUGCUGUGCAAUUGAUUUGAUACCUUGGAAUAUAUAAAAGUUAAUAUCUUCACUUAUUACCAUUGUUGAAUGGCCAGUUUUGCCCAAUGUAAGGGUUGGCAAUAUUUUCUGACCAACUGAUUUUCAUAGAUACAUUGGUAUUGUUGAUACAUACAUUUCAAUUUCUUUUUCACUAUUUGAGCAAUAUUAAUGAAGACAGCCAAGUGAUUUUUACACAGAUUAAAAAAGUUAUGUGAUAUUUUUCUUUUACAUUUUCUGGUCAUAAGUACAUACAUCACUUAUGAGAAUUCGCAUUGCAAAUUUAACCAAAUUAUUUCUGAUUGGCUUCAGUUGAAGUUUUGAUUAGAUUCUUCAAGGCUGUGAUUGAUAAGAAUAUGGUCCCCAAAUUGAAACUUGGGCAAUUUUUCUGUUUCUCAUGCAAAGAGCUUGGCAGUUGUUUAUAUUAUGUCAGCCUUAUCUAUAUAUAGGUUUUGAAGAAUAAAAG